AGUUGAACUGUUUAUAAUUAAAUCAUGAAACCGCAAACUAAACUCGUUUAUUCCUGAAACCCAAAUCAUGCUACCAAGUUCUCCAGAAAAAUCUACCACAGUACUAAGAGGGAGAUUAAUCCAAAGAUGCUGGUGACGGAGUUAGGCCAGGUUGAUUGCAAAAAGGAAAUAGAUCACUUAAAACCUUCCCAAAAUUCAUGAAAGAAGACCUGACCCAAAAAUGAUGAAAAUUACCCAUUUAUGGAGGAUGAUGAUUUCACCUCAAUGUUCAACAAAUGGGAAGAGAGUCAAAAGAAGACUCAAAGGAAGACAUCAGAAUGCUCAGAUUACCAGCAAAAUAUGACUCUGAAUCCAGCUAAGCUCAAUACCGAGGUCAAAAAUAAGAAACUAUCGACCAAGAACAGAUUCAUCCAAGAAUUCAUCACCCAUUCGAGAUCUGGCAAAUUACGAAAGAACUCAAAGGCUAGAGCACUUGAAUCUAAAAGAAGAAUAAUCAGAAAGAGUAAGGUGAGGGUUGCCCCUGAAAUGAGGAGUAAAAAGCCUUCUUCAACCCAAAUCAUGGCAUCAUUAAAAUCAAAGUUAAGCAAUGCUUUCAACACUCUUGGGGAACCAUCGAUCGGUGAGAACAGUUCAACACAAGAUAGUGCCAGGAGAAGACAUUCUAACUGCCGGCCUUACGUUACAAGAAAGCAGACCAAGCUACUGCCAGAAUUGAAGCACUCUAACAGAAGUAUUUUUGAUGCAAGCCAGGACAUGAGCUCUGAGAGAUGCACCAGUCAAAACCCUAUCAAUUACUCAAGAAGAGUGAGGAUGGUUUCAAAAGAGAUGAUUAACAUGCCUUCCCUUGUAAUGGGAAAACCUUCCAAAAAUGGUUCAAAAUCCCGUGGUAAAUUUCAAAAGUUCACAAUUCUCCCCAAGACCAACGUUUUGAGCCAGGAAGGGUUAAUGUCAGAGAAGAGGAACAUGAUGAGGUCUGAAAAAUUAAGACUCUACGGUUACUAAUACCUCUCAAAGGCAUGUAUGCUUGCACUAAAUGUAACAUAUUUCCUAAUGUAAAC